UGAGAUUUGUGUUCUUUUUUUGGUUAAACGAAUUGUAUAUCACGUUUUUCUAUCGUGUGAUAAGUUGUCAUAUUCUGCAUCACAUUCUAAUUAUACAGGAUGAUUUUGAUAAGAUUUUAACGCAAUAAUCAUUAAAAUGAGGCUAACAAAAAGUCGAUUUUCGAAGAUAAUUAUUACUUCAAUUUCUGUUUUCUUUCUUUUUGUUUUUAUUACAAAGAAUUAUAAAUCGAAACCUACAGAAAAUCGCGCAAAACAUCAAACAGAUUACCACGGAAACUUCCGAUCGGUUGAUCCUUUAUAUUUGCAGUACAUACAAACUCAUCAGUCUAUAUUUUACACUCAAAAAUAUUCAAGAAACGAACUUGAAUCCAUUUACGGUACAUGCGAAAAUAUUUGGUCUCAAAAAGCCUCACAGGCUGAGGUUAAUGCUUCGAUUGGAGUUCAAACUCACGUUUUGGGGAGUUUAAGGCGAGGUUUUCAAAAAUGCGAGAAUUUUUUCAGCAGAAGAAUCCAUCUGUACAAUACAGAACCUGUCAAUAAGUUUGAGGAUAGUUUUCCCAUAGCGUAUACCUUGUUAGUUUAUCAUGAGUUCGACCAAGUGGAACAAAUUCUGAUGUCCAUUUUCAGGCGGCAAAAUGUUUAUUGCAUCAAUGUCGACAAUUCAACUGCUAAACCAUUCAAAGAAUUGGUAUCCAGACUAGCCAGAUGUUUUCCUGAUAACAUCAUCAUUCCCAAACGGGUCAUAGAUGUGCACUAUGCCAGAGUGACGCAGACAAGGGCGGAGUUGAACUGCAUGAUGGAGUUGCUCGCCUUCUCUGACAAGUGGAAGUAUCUCAUCAAUUUAACAGGGGAGGAGUUGCCCCUCUUGACUAACCUGGAGAUAGUCACAGUGCUUCACAAGAUGAAGGGCUCUAAUGUUAUUGACGGCCCCCUACACUUUGACGACCAUCUUCGCUACCCGACGGAACGACUUCCGUUUGGACUGCAGAAGUUCAAAAGCCAGACACAUUUCGUCUUCUCGCGAGAAGCUACACAGUUCAUACAUGACAAUCCAAACAUAACGGAGACAUUUCUGUCGCUGGUCAUGGACUUCAAAUACCCCGAGGAGUCCUUCUUCGCACUGCUGCAGUUCAAUCAUCACUUGAACAUGCCUGGUGCUUUGAAAGAGAGGUGGUCGGAGGAGUCGUUGCCUUUCAUACCUUAUGAACACGAGUCGCACGGAUACUUCAACCGUUACAAAAUGUGGUUCUUCCAGAAAAAUUUCACUUGCUUGAGCGGCAAAAAGCAGCGACACAUUUGCAUGAUUGGAGUCAAGACUCUUCCAGAACUGAUCAACAAAUCCUACGGCAAACAAAUGUUCAUCAAUAAGUUCCCGUGGAGAUUCGAACCUAGGGCAUGGGACUGUAUUCUAUCUUGGAACUACAAGAAAGUUCAACUUGAAUAUGAAACCAGGAAACCGGCGCUGGCGCAUUAUGCUUAUCUAGACAAUCCGCAACUUCAGUUGACCAGGAAAAACGAAAAAAGAUAAUUUUUAGCGAGCAAAAUGAACACGUACUUUGUUUGACUAAAUUUUAGUAGCAAUCCACAAUAUUUGUACAAUACAGUAUUUCAAAUGCAAUCCGUAACGUUUUGAUGUAUGUUGUUGUGAGAUUUUUAGUAAAUUCAAAGAUUUUU